AGUGAACGAAUAAUAGGUCUCUUCGUUGCAUUUAGUUCCGGAGGUGUAUUCCUCAGCCUCAGAGAGCCCCUCCUCCCCCACUUCUUCUAGGGUCCCCCGUUCCCCUCCGGUGGGCGCCGAUGGCCCGCUUGCCCAAGAAUUUUUGACAGCCCCGCUGGAUACUUCUUGCGAUCUAAUAAACCCUAAUAAUAUCUGAAAAAAAGUUAGACUGACCUUGUCCGUCAGAUUCUCAGCUUCCUGUCUGUCGUCUAGGUCUUUCCUGUCAUUCCCUCUACGCUCUCAUCCCCGUCUACACUCACCUCCGGUCAUCCGCCGUCCCUCGGCUCGUUUCCAAUCCACAAUGUCCAACUCCAUCGAAGACGCAAAGCGCGCCGCCGGUAAGGCCGCCUUUGACAACCACUACCCCAAGGAUGCCAAGAUCAUCGGCAUUGGCAGCGGCUCGACCAUUGCCUACGUCGUCGAGGCCAUCAAGAAGUCCGGCGUCGACACGACCAUGACCAAAUACGUCCCCACGGGCUUCCAGUCCAAGAAGCUCAUCACCGACGCCGGAUUGACUGCCGUCGAGUUUGACGGCUUCCCCGAGGAUGCAGUCCUCGAUGUCGCUUUUGACGGCGCUGACGAGGUCGAUGACGAACUCAACCUGAUCAAGGGCGGUGGUGCCUGUCUCUUCCAGGAGAAGAUCGUGGCUCUCCAGGCUAAGGAAUUCGUCGUGGUUGCUGACUCCCGCAAGCUCCAGUCCCGUCUUCUGACUGCCUGGAAAUACAUCCCCGUUGAGGUCGCCCCCUUCGCGGCCAACCGCGUUCUCGCGGCUCUGAAGCGACUGGGCGCCGUGGAUCCCAAGGUCCGCGAUGAGUCCCCCGGCAAGCACGGCCCCCUGAAGACAGACAACGGCCUCUUCAUCGUCGAUGCGCCGUUCCCCACCAACUUGCUCACCAAGGCGGAUGUCGAGGGCGGCAAGGAUGGCAGCGGCAAGGGCGGUGUCUGGGAGGUGGACGUCCUCGCCAAAGCGAUCAAGCAGAUCCCCGGUGUGUUGGAGGUCGGUAUCUUCUCCGGCGUGACCGGUCCCCAGGCCCAGGCCGAGGGUGGCAUUGGUGGCCAGAAGCCCAUCGCUGCCUACUUCGGGAUGCCCGACGGCUCUGUAUCGGUCAGGAAGGCUUAGGGGACUGUCUUCGAGCAUCUUGAAA